AUGUCAGGUCGUGGAAAAGGUGGCAAAGCCAGGCUGGUCGCCGUGCUCGAAUACCUCGCUGCUGAAGUGCUCGAGUUGGCGGGCAACGCCGCUCGUGACAACAAGAAGACGAGGAUCAUGCCCCGUCACCUCCAGCUGGCCAUCCGCAACGACGAGGAGUUGAACAAGCUGCUGUCGGGCGUCACCAUCGCGCAGGGUGGCGUGUUGCCCAACAUCCAGGCCGUCCUCCUGCCCAGGAAGACGGAGAAGAAGGCCUAA